AAAUACUAAGACACUUCAAAAGAUCACAAGUGGAGACCUAGAAGGAUCCCUGCAGCCAUCCAGUUUAACUACCUCAUUUUAUAGACAAGAAAACUGACUCCAGGGAGGUUAAGUGACUUGCCCGAGGUGAAAUCAGUAGUAAUCCUGAAGUGGGAUUUGACUACAGGUUCUCUAACUCUUAAAAGAAGUACUUUCCCCAUCAGACCGGGGCGUCUUCUUCUUUCCCACCUAAGAAGCAGACGCAGGAUUUGAAUCGGAGAUCUUCUGGCUUCCAAUCCUGUUCUCUCUCCACUCUGUCCACAUUACCUCGGGAUACUUUGGUUUCGGCCUCCAGCUGGGUGACUGUGGAGAGGCUUUUCUGAACCUCAUUUUCCUCAUCUUUAGAAUGUGUAAAAUAAGCAUAAGGGAUGUUGUAGAGAAAGUUCUUCUACAAACCUUUUUGUUUUGUUUUGCUUUAGUGUGAGGAGAGGGGAAAGGGUGAUAUGAGCUGUCAUGAUAGCCUCAACCCAUCUCCACAAAUAUUCCCUUCCUCUCUUGGCUGCUUCUCUUCGGAUCUCACAGUCGUAAACAUAUACGUGUCAUCCAAGGACAAAAGGCUGUGGGAACCUUUAUGUGCUCCUUCUACAGCAUGCAUCCCUCCUCCAGGCUAUGGCACGAAGUCCUAGUCCUCGAUCUUUAGCUCCCAUAGAUGCCCAGGCAUAGCAGCUUUCCCUGUCACCUGUCCCUUUUAAGACUUUGAGAUUUAGUGGCAAACACUACCGUCCCUCAUUCUCAACACUCACAGGCACAUAUGCACCGUCGAUCCCAUUCCUCUUCAGAACUGUGAGCAAAGACUCUGGACCUAAGAGUUUGAGGCCCCCAGGGAACAUGAGGAGGGAGAAGGCUUAAGCGAAAGGCCGGGAAAGGGUUAAGCUUCGGGCCGCUGGGUCAAGGGCAAAGAUCCAGGCCCAGUAGCAGAGACCCCAGGCGACUGAGGCAAAUGGAAGUGGCCCAGGGGAACAGGUGGCCCCAAAUUGUACCGUGCCGUGCCGCGCCGUGCCGUGCCGUGCCGCGCGUGUCAGACGCCUAGGGGCGCGGCCGGAAGGACAGGGUGGGCCGGGCUGCGUGCUGGGCUGGCGCCGGGGUGGGGCCGUAGGGCAGUACUGGGCCUAGCUGGGACUGAGAGAGAGGGAGAGACUUUCUAGCAGGGCUGAAGGGGGAGGACGGAGGUUAAGAGGAGGACGAGUGCCAGGCGUCCGCGCCGCACCAUGUGCCACAGCCCAGGCCAGUGUAGCCUACACCAACGCUGGGGCUGGUCAGCUGAGGGCCAUGGAAAGGGACUGCCGCACGGGAGGGCCGCCGCGAGCAGCUACGCCAGCAGCAAGAGCAGAGCGCAGCCCGGCCCUUGAGGUCCUGCCGGGAGGUGGGCUGCAGCUAAAGCCGCAGCAGAAGCAGCAGCAGAGAGGAAGCUGAACCCCGAGUACCCCGGCACCCGGCGCGGCUCCUCCUCCUUCUCUCCUUCCACCUCCUCCCUCCUUCUUUCCCUCCCUCCUCUCUGCUCUCUUCCCUCCUCCUCCUCCUCCUCAACCACCUCCUCCUCCUUUGCGCGCACCUAGCAGCCAAGCCCGGGGGCGGGGAAGGGGAGGGAGGGAGGGAGGGAGGGGAGGGGAGGGAGGGGAAGCUGGGCGCGCGUGCCGCCGGGCGCGAGGCGGGCGGGGAGAGCUCCCGGGACCGGCCCGGCUCACGCCGGUGUAAAGGCGACCAGGGGGCAGCGCAGGGGGGGGGAGGAAGGGGGAGGAAGGGCUGUAGGAGCGGAAGCGGGGCGCGUGCAGAGACGCGAAACCGGGGGGCCCCUUCCUCCCUCCCCCUCCACCCCAAACUACCUCCACCCCCACCCCCCUGCAGCCUGGCGCGCGCCGAGGGCCCGCACAGCAGCGGGCUCUCCCCCGGGCCAUGUCCGCCUACUGCCUGGGCUUGGCCAGCAGCGUUUCAGCACCCGCCGAGGCGGACAGCGCCUCCUGCAUGGAGCUGCCGGGGCCUGGCGGGGACUCAGACCGGAGCUCAGCCGCUGCCGCCGCCGCCUUAGUGUCCUUCCCGGGAGGCCCGGGGGAGCUGGAACUGGCGCUCGAGGAAGAGCUGGCGCUGCUGGCGGCCGGGGAGCGGCCGCCCGACCCGGGAGAGUUUCCCCAGGCCGAGCCGGUGCUUCUCGACGCUGCCGAGGCCCUGGGCCCGGGACAGCUGCUGCAGCCGCCCUCGCCCCCGCAAGAACCCGAACUGCUGUCGGUGAUCCGGCAGAAGGAAAAGGACUUGGUGCUGGCCGCCCGGCUAGGCAAGGCGCUGCUGGAGAGGAACCAGGACAUGAGCCGGCAGUAUGAGCAGAUGCAUAAGGAGCUGACCGACAAACUAGAGCACCUAGAACAAGAGAAGCACGAGCUACGGAGGCGAUUUGAGAACCGAGAAGGCGAGUGGGAAGGCCGAGUAUCGGAGCUGGAGAGCGACGUGAGACAGCUGCAGGUCGAGCUAGAGAAGCAGCAGGUUCACCUUCGAGAAGCCGACAGAGAGAAGACAAGGGCCGUCCAGGAACUCUCCGAACAGAACCAAAGACUCUUGGACCAGCUCAGCAGGGCAUCAGAAGUAGAGCGGCAGCUCUCCAUGCAAGUCCAUGCGCUCCGAGAAGACUUCAGGGAGAAGAAUUCCUCGUCCAACCAACACAUCAUCCGGCUGGAGAGCCUCCAGGCUGAAAUCAAGAUGCUGUCAGAUCGGAAGCGGGAGCUGGAGCAUCGCCUCAGUGCCACCAUGGAGGAGAAUGACCUACUCCAGGGGACGGUGGAAGAGCUGCAGGAUCGGGUCCUCAUCUUGGAAAGGCAAAGCCACGACAAGGACCUCCAGGUAAGGGGAGCAGAAAGGGGCCAAUGCUUGGACCUCAGGAACUGGGGAGAGGAGAAGCUAGGGAAGAGAGCUAAGCAAACUAGUGCCAGAGAAGGGGAGUUAGCACAGGUACACAGUAAGGGCUAUAUAAAUGCACCUACCAUUGCCUUCCUCCCCCUUAUCAUCAUCCUCAUUUCCUCUGGAACAGAGUCUCACUGGUUUCUUUCUCAUUCUGCCCUCUACCAGGUGACGAUGCUGAGUGUGGAGAUGACGGCACUCAAGGAAGAGCGAGAUCGCCUUAGAGUGACAUCCGAAGAGAAGGAAGCCAAGGAGCAGCUUCUCAAAGCCAUCAGGGACCGAGAUGAGGCCAUUGCAAAGAAGAACGCAGUGGAGAUGGAAUUGGCCAAGUGUAAGAUGGACAUGAUGUCCCUAAACAAUCAGCUCCUAGAUGCCAUUCAGCAGAAACUGAACCUCUCGCAACAGCUUGAGGCCUGGCAGGAUGACAUGCACAGGGUCAUCGACCAGCAGCUGAUGGACCAACACCUGAAGGAACGGAGCCGGCCUGCUUCGGCCUUCUCCGGCGGCCACGGGCCGGGCCGGGGGGACGAGCCCGGCGGGGCUGAAGGCAAAGGGCUCUUUUCAUUCUUCAGGAAGAUUUAAACGGGGAGAUGGUGUGGGGAGGGGGCGAGCCGCCGGGCGGGCGGGGGGAAGAGGGGCCUCGCCACCGGCCCACCCCACGGAGAGCCAGACGCUUUUCCCCCUUGGUGGGGAAGUGAGCUGCCCACAGAGCCAGGGAUGCCAGGGCCCCCCACCCUAGAGAAGGCAAGGCCCCCCCAGCUAGCGUAGCCCAGGCUCCUGUGACCCUCGGGCAGGGAGUGAGCUGUCCGGUACGGUUAGGGCCGGGUCCCCACUUUCUGCAGAGCAGAUCUCAGAGCUGCCGUCUCCCGCCUGCCUGCAGAUCCCCUCCAACACAACACGAACCUUGGUGGGGGGCGGAGGGGAGGGACCUUUACUGCAUGCCCCAGAAGCCCCUUCCCAGCUCCCCAUCUCACCCAGGACCCAAGGCCUGCCCCCCCAGCCCCUCCGUCCCAAUGGUCGAGGCUUCGAGGCCGUGGCUCGGACCCCACGAGGGCUCCCUGCGCCCCCCCCCCCCCAGAGGAGGAGGCCCUGUUCUUCCUCAAGCCCAGGCCUGCACACACUUGCUCGCAUUUUGGUUCAAAGUUCCACCAGAACUCGGCCCAGACUGGGGGUGCUGGUGGUUCCAGGCCUGGGGGACCCCUCAUUCCUUCCCAUCAGCCACCCGCCCCUCUCCUCGUAAGCCGGGCCACGGAAAAGCCCUCGCCGCCAAGGGAGAGGGGCCAGGCGAGGGCCACAAAGCCACCCCGGGCCUCCCCUUCCCCGGGCAAGUGGGAGGCCUUGAGCCAGAGACCGCCACUGUGCCCGGCGCGCUGCGGGGUGGAGGGAGGGCGUCCGAGGGCGAGGGGGACCGUCCUUAGCGGCCCGGCCGCCUGCUGCUCCUGCGGCCACUCAGCCAGCCCUCUCUGCUGGGCAGAGGCUCCCCGGGCCGGCUCUGCCAGCUGCCACGGGCUCGCUCUCCCUGGAGCCUCCGUGGGGGGAUGCACAGCAGGGACUAGUGGACGUAUCUAUAGAUAUGUACAUACCGCAGGGCUGGAACUUUUGUAUGUAGCAUCGUGUAAAUACAUGUAUGGAUUUUAUAAUACACAUAUUCUAUAUAUAAAUCUAUAAAGGCAUAUUUUUAGAAAAAAUGAUCCACAGCUUUUGUAAAUAGUCCAAAUCAGAAUAAAAUGAAUUUCUACA